UAGAGAGCGCAGGGGUGGACCCGGGAGAGCUCAGAGACCGGUAGCAGAGAGCACAGGGGUGGGGUGGACGUUGAGAGCCUUGGGAUGAGACGGCGGUGGCUUGGUCUGUAGCCUGGGCGGGGCUGGGACGCAGGCGGGACCCGUGGGUACUCGAGCCCCGGGCGUCUAGAUGCCCAGACAGAGGCGACCGCGGGCUCGACUUGGCCUCGACCUCUCUGCACCUUUGUCCCUGUGCACCCUGGCCGUCUGCCCUUCGUCCCUAGCCGGCCAUGCCAUCCCCCGCACCUCCCACCGUGCUGCUGCCGUGGGAGCGCGCCGUGGUACUGCUGUCGUGCGUGCUGUCAGCGCUGGGCUCAGGCCUCUUGGUGGUCACGCACGCCCUGUGGCCUGACCUGCGUAGCCGGGCGCGGCGCCUGCUACUCUUCCUGUCGCUAGCGGACCUGCUCUCGGCUGCCUCGUACUUCUACGGGGUGCUGCAGGACUUUGCGGGGCCUUCGUGGGACUGCGUGCUGCAGGGCGCGCUCUCUACUUUCGCCAACACCAGCUCCUUCUUCUGGACUGUGGCCAUCGCUCUCUACCUGUACCUCAGCAUCGUCCGAGAUGCGCGCGGGCCCAGCACGGACCAUCUGCUCUGGGCUUUUCAUCUCAUCAGCUGGGGUGUCCCGCUGGCCAUCACAGUGGCCGCUGUCUCUUUGAAGAAGAUAGGCUACGAUGCCUCUGACGUGUCCGUGGGCUGGUGCUGGGUGAACCUGGAGGCUGAGGACCGUGUCAUGUGGAUGCUCCUGACUGGGAAGCUGUGGGAGAUGCUGGCUUAUGUCUUACUGCCUCUACUGUACCUUCUGGUCAGAAAACACAUCAACAGAGCGCACCAGGCCCUCUCUGAGUACCGGCCCAUCUGUGAGGCGCGCCAGCUGCAGCGAGGCUCCUCCGCCUCCAUGGCUGAUAAGAAACUGAUCCUGAUUCCGCUCAUAUUCAUCUGUCUCCGGGUCUGGAGCACUGUGCGCUUCGUCCUGACCCUCUGCGGCUCCCCAGCUGUCAAGUCUCCUGUGCUGGUUGUUUUGCACGGCAUUGGGAACACUUUCCAGGGAGGGGCCAACUGCAUCAUGUUCGCCCUCUGCACCCGCGCAGUCCGCUCAAGGCUCUUGUCUCUCUUCUGCUGCCGCUGCUGUCCUCAGCCCUCUACCCAGAACCCUCUUGGGGCUCCUACUCCCCCCAGGAUGAGAGAAUCUCAGGAAUCCAGACGGACUCCAGAAGUUCCCAGCACCUGAUUGGUGGACUUCUCUCCUUGUUCUCACCGCUGCUGCCUUCCUGGUGCCUGCUGCUGCCCCACCAGGUACAGGGUCGCCCACCGGAAGCCUUGACUAGGGAAGCUCCGCCCCGUGAAGGACCGGCCAUCAGGGCAGCCUCUUCUACCUCCUAGACUCUCAGGGCUGCUGUGCGUUCCCUGCACACCCGUGUCCUGGUUCAGUGGGGUUUGUUUGUGUAAGCCCAAAGAUGUGGGAUGCAGGGAAGCCAGCAAUGCAGGAUCCCUUCAGGGCACUGGUUCUCAGUCCUGAAGCCACCAGCACUGUUUACAGUUUGAGGGACCCAUACCUAUGGACCCCUCGGAGAGAUGCACCCCGACCCAGACAUCACAGUAUGGGGUCCGGGUUUGCCACGGUGUUGAGAUUCACAGAGAACCUGGAGAAGUCAGAGCUCAACAGCAGAGCCAUUUCCCUUAAACCAGGUCCCAAGUCCGCUACGAUCACGGAGACGCCGUCAUUGACCCAAACCACCCAGGCACACAGCCAUGGGCAUCUCACGGAUUCUCUGCUUGGCUCAUCAACCCUCAAUAUUUAUUGCAUUUGAAUUUCAGCACAGGCCAGAGUCCAGAGUCCUGCCCAUGAGUCAAUCACACAACACUCAGGUCCUUUCUGGGACCAAGACAGAAGGCAGCUCAGCUCCAGUCCCUAAGGACGACAUACGGUUUCUACCUGCUGUUUUCGUACAACUUUUGUUCUCAGUGAUUAUUACAGGGGUGAGUCAGGAGGGUGUCUGGCUCGGCGCCUUGUUUAGUUAGUUUUGGUUUGCUUGUUUGGUUGUUUUGUUUUGUGGUCAGGGGGUUGGUGAAUGGUCCAAACACUGACUCCUCCCCAAAGGAGUCAGCCUUUGGAGAUUCAGUCUUGGGCUGGGAUAUAGCCCACUGUGCUUCCACGUUGGUCCCUGUACCAAAAAUAUUUAAAAAGCUUUUUUUUCUUGGUAGUUAUUUAUGGGAUAUAGAAAGAGGAUUCCGAGGUGAUUACAUUUUAUUUAAUUUAUUUGAGAUAGGGUCUCAUUAUAUAGCCCUGGCUGGUCUGGAACUUGCUGUGUAGACCAAGCUGGCCUCGAACUCACAGAGAUCCACUUGCCUCUGCCUCCCGAUAAUAACAUUUUUUUAAAAAGGUUUUGUUUGUUUUGUUUUGUGCUUCCUGUACUAGGGCCUUGCUCUGCCACUGGGUUCUACCCCAACCCUUCCUUUUGUUCCUUUUGUUUUGAGCAGAGUCUCACUAAGUUGCCUCGACUGGCCUUGAACUCUCUCUCAGCCAGGCUAGACUUGAACUUGCGUUUUUCCUACCUCAACCUCCCAGAAAGCUAGUACUAAAGCCUCGGGGCAGUGUGCCCAAUCAAAGAAGGGCAUAAGAGAGCUGUGUUUCCGCUUCCACUCAGCGGCUCUUCUAGCAAGCCUUCCCUCAUUUCAGAGAGCUAGGUACUCCGCGUCUCAGGCCCGCCACCUUGCAGGCAAGUCGAGGAAAUGUUCUACUAUGCCUGUAGACAGUGCCCUUGGGUUCUGUCCGUACCCCACGAAGCAGAGCGGAUUCACAGAGCUGGUAAAGGGGCUGAGGAUGAGGAGGACAGAGCCACACUGGGCCGUCGAUUCCCAUUUUGUUCUCAAACAACAUCUCUCUCAGAAAAGGACUCGUCAGAGGACUGUGUCCAUAUGCUCCUUUUCUGGUUUCCUUGGGAAGUGUUUCUUUAGGAAAAUCUACACGAGGUGGGUUCCCUCAUGGGCAUCAAAGAAAGCUCCUCAGCUGGGGGCUGUCUGUUUACAGAAACAGCCUACAUCAGGCUUAGGGCGUCAGGCACAGGGCCUGCUGAGGUCCUGGGAAGACAUUACAGCCGAUUGUGCACUGUCAGCAUGCUGCCAGUAAUGAUCUCCUGGCUUCUAAAAUGGAACGGAAAUUCUAGGAACUGUUUCCUGCAGAGAGAAAAUGAUCUACAGAAUACCACAGAGGAAAUGAUGUGGGAACAAACCCAGCUGGGCAGGGCUUUGGGGAGCCCUGGCUGUUGGAGGUCCAGGAGCCUGGGGCUCACUCUAGCUCUCUCUGAUGACUGAUGCCAUUGGUCAGGAUUGCUGUCUGUAAGUCCCUCCGCAAAAUAAACACUUUGGCUCUUUCCACCUGUUUCCCAUACUGCCCCGUUGCUGCAGGGGAAUGGCGGCAACCACAGGCUUGGUACCUUGCCUCUAGCCCCGUGAGCGCACAAGCUGAUCUCAACCUUAGCGCUUCUCAGAGCUGGUGACCAAGUGGUUUCAGAACUGAAAACAAAAGGAAGGUGAGCCUUCAGUGAGUCCCAAGAGGAGGCCCUAGAGGCUGCCAGCUCCCAUUACGCCUUGUUCAGCCUGGUGGCUUUUUAUCUCUUAGCGUUACUCUAUUUAUCUCCCCAUGCCCCCUUGGUCACCAAAAUGUGACCUCAGCCUUAACGGGAGCUACAGCCUUUGCUCCCCCUUCUUCAGCACUUUGUGGUUCUUGUUCUCCCAAUCAGUUGUCACCUGCUUCCUGCCUCUGUCCGUCUGGACACACACACACACACAGACACACGUUAGUUUUGGAGAUACCAGGGGAUUAAACCUAGGCCCUUGUGCAAACUAGACAAGUGUUUAGCAUUCAGCUAUUCCCUCAGUCCUUUUAUUUUCUGUAUUUUGAAGCAAGGUAUUCUCACUAGUUGUCCAGGCAGGCCUUGAACUUGAGAGCCUCCCGUCUCAGUUUCACGGUUUCUGGAAUUACAGACCCGUGCCUUGGUUUCCCGGCUGCCCAGACCAGAAUAAUCACACAGAAAAGCCAGGAAAUGAAUGAGCGGUCUCUGUUUACACAGGCUUCUGCCACCAAACUCAGCCAACUUUCGGAAGCCUCGGUUCGUUCUUUCUGUCUCUCUCUUAAAAGA